CAGUUCUGAUUUACAGGGACUGCAUGGAUGCUGAUCUGCAUUAUGUGUGAGUGGAUGGGACUGAAUGAUCAGAUCAGAUUACAGAGGUUUUCCUCACUGCAGAAACAUUGAACGUGGACGUCCUGCGCAUGCAGAUGCAUUUUAAACCGCUUCAGCGCUCAUUUAGCAUGCUGUAGAUUAUUUCUUCUCUCUCACAUGGAUCCGGUUACAGAGCUUUUGUGCAGCGUACGUGAGUCAUGCCGCAUGUAAACAGAAGUGGAACGAGCCACGUCUACAUCUAUAGGGUUGUUUACAGCAUGGCGGGUGACAGGUUGCGUGUGGACUGGAGUCCGAGGAGUUCGUACUCCGACCUCGUGCUCCUGGGCAACACACGGACGAGUCUGGCGAGCGGCCUGUAUGAGACAUUUGGGCACGCCGAGCGUUACCUGAAGGUAAAUGUUGAGGACAACAACGACAUGUUACCGAAACCUCGACGCGCUGUUACCAUUCAAGAGAUCGCAGCGCUUGCUAGAUCUUCACUUCACGGUAUCUCACAGGUGGUUAAGGAUCAUGUGACAAAGCCCACAGCGAUGGCACAGGGGCGUGUGGCGCACCUGAUCGAGUGGAAUGGUUGGCGUAAACCCACAGACACACCCAGCGCUCUGGAGUCUCACCUCACAUCAUACUCACAUCUGUCUGAGGGGGAACAGGAGGCCAGAUUUGCUGCAGGGGUAGCGGAGCAGUUUGCCAUCGCGGAGGCGAAACUUCGUGCUUGGUCUUCGGUAGAUGGUGAUGAAUCGAAUGAUGAUUCAUAUGAUGAAGAUUUUCUACCUGCGAAUGAGCCGGUCACACAGAGCACAGAUCUUCCCUCGUACCCUAACUACCUGAGAGAUCUGAUACACACUCAGGUGUGUCAGAAUCGCCUGCGGGUUCGAGGUCUGUGCGAGGCGGAGAGCGGCGUCGGAGCUGACCUUUCACCUCCCGUAGGGUCGCCGGGGUCACCGUCCGAAACGCUCUGCUCCAGCAUGUGCAGUUUGGACGAAAGACACCCGCUGCUGCGAGACCUCGGACGCCACUCGGACACCCCCGCCGCUGACCUCGCCGCCAAAAUCCUCGGAGCUCUUCAGGGAGGGGAGGAGCUAUUGUUGGCCCGCCUCCAGAGGAUGGGCCACAGACGAGGCCACUCCCCUUGUUGCUUGGCGACGUAUUCCGAGACAUUCGAAGACGAGGACACGCCUUGUAAGGAUUGUGGAGGCAGAGUCUGCCUUCCUCCGGAGUAUUCCUCUCGUAGAAAGGUGUCGGACGUGGCUUCGUCUGGCGUAGUCUCGCUCGACGAGGAAGAAGUGGAUGGAGAUGAAGAGGAAGAGCAGUGACCGGUUUUGACUCUGCAUGUUUGUUUUGGACUAAUUUGCAUUUCGGUCUUUUUUCUCGUUGAAUUCUGGACACCAUUUGCUCUUGUGGUUUGACCUUUAAUCUUGUGUUUCUUUACCAAAUGGUGAAAAAUACUAGACUUGAACUUAAAACAUUCUCCAACUUAAAACAAAAGCGCUAGAAGUUUUACAAACGAGGAACAAAAGACUGACAUCGACCUUAUUAUCUCUGCAUGUCUUGCAAGUGCCGAACUGAAUGUGAAUCAUAAAUGUUUGGAUCUGGACGUCCAGUUGUAUAGCACGGUUUGUGGAUUUGGCUGUUGUGUAAUCUCGCUCCUUAUAUGAUGUCAUGCCCCAUUGCAUUCUGGGUCUUGAUGACAUAACGCCUGUUCCCCGGUCGCAUCUUUCGGGCAUGGCUUGCUGAAUACGUCAAACUGAUAUCUGAUCUGUCACAGUCGUUUAUGAAGCGACACAGGAAUGCUGAAUGUUUAUAACGUGACAGAAAGAUUUAUUACAAAACAUAGAAUGCCUAAGAAAACUGACGAUCAAGUUUUUUACGUUUUUGUUGAAUUCUUAUUAUUUUGACUCUUCAUACUCAGUGGAACAUUUGAUUUGUUAAUAUUUCAAGAUCAUUAUUGUCCUAAGAUGAACACAUUGAAUGUGUAGGAGUAAUUCAAGUGUUGUUGAAUGGAUGUAAAAGACGAAGCUUCGUGUUCGUGGACCUUUUUGAGAGUUGCUCUAUUUUUGUACCGUGUGGUUUUUGCGGUGAAUAACUGAGUAACGCUGUGGUUCGUUCACUUGUUUAUUGCUUUAUUUCUCGAUUUCCCUGUCCCUGAAUUAUCACUGUGUGAUAUUGUCGACAUCAGGAAAAAACUAAACUAAUGUGAAAAA